GAGAAAUAUUCUUAGGUGUUUCUCUGGGAAUGUGCACCAAAAAUAGUGUUGAGUUAUCAACUAAGAUGAGCUGAUUCCAAGUUUAAAAUAAGUAGAAAAGAUCGUCUAAUUAUUGCAAAUCUACAUGUUAGUGCAGCCUAAUUCCUGUAGAAUAAUCAGUUUUGUCUCUUGCGUGUAAGCAAGAGCGAAGAGCCCGUAUAGAAAGAUUGAAUCUGAGAGUGUAUACGAAAUUGACUACAUGAAGAAUAAUUGAGAACUUAAGUUUAUCCAUAGAAUUUGUAAUUAUACGCGAAAUUAUAACAUUAUGAGUCAUUUCAUUUCAAUCGUAUUGUCAUGAAUUGUGACGAGUGAAGAACAUCAUGAUGAGAAAAAUGAAUAUAUCUAGAAUUCCUAGUCAAAACGAAUGACGCAUAUUUCGCCUACUUCAUCUCUGUAAGUUAUCGCAUAGAAAAUCCACAUUUGAAGAAAAAAAAAAGGUCUAAAUCUAUUUGCAGAUAUGAUUCAUUAAAGAAUAGAUUUGACAAUUCUGUUUUGAGAAAUAGAUGAAAAAAAAUGAACAGCAAAUUAAGAUUUUUUUUAUAGAUAAUAUACCUCAUUUUCAACAAUCAAUGUCUUACGCACAUCACUUAAGAACAUAAAGUUGUAUUUAUCGGAUUGAAAACUAACAUUUAUGGAUUUGGAUUAGAAAAGUUUUUUCAUACAUUUCAUUGAGACUACUUAUUAAUUUUCGCCUUGUAUACUUGAUUUUGUUUACUAAUAUAAUUGGUGAUUAAAUUGUUCAUGAGUUAACUAUUUGUAAAACAUACUCAAAUGUUAUGUCUAUCACUGAAUAUUAACAACUAAGUAAAGAAGAGAUUGCUGUACGACCGUCUAGGCUUAAAGCAACGAGAUGAUCUUCUCCUUUCCAUUAUUCAUUCUGGAAAAAAAUACAAUAAGAUUGUUGACACAGUUCCUGUUUUUGUAUACAACGACACAUAAUUGCGAGCCCAAGAGAAGUAGAAAAUUUUGGAAAACAUUUGUAGUGUUUCGCAAUAUGUUGAUGUGUAUCAUUCGGAAGAUGUUGACUAUUUCUUUUCAUCAAAGCAAACUCAUCAUCGAAUCGUGCAAUUUUUGAGAUAUACGCAGUUUAAUUGACUAACUUGCAUAGAUUUCGUUGAAAUUCCAGGAACACAUCUGAAAAAACUUCCCUGAUCAGAUGAUAUUUUUAAAAUAUCAAUAGAAUGAUUCGAUUUUUUUGCUACAAAUUUUUAGCAAGCAAAUCUUGACUGAUGCGAUCAAUACUGAUAUUACUAGUCGAGGUGGUACUUAUAUUGGAAAGGGCUUGGAAAUGGGUAUCAAUUUGUUUAUUAAUCGUCGAACAAAAAACCCGUUGAAUGCUUUACUCUUACUUACCGAUGGUCAAGACAAUGAAAAUCAUAACUAUACGCAACUAAUGCAAACUUUACCGAGCAAUGUUCAAUGUCACACAUUCGGUUACGGACCCGAUCAUACGGCUUCAUUACUAGUGCGACUAGCUGAAGAAGGCAAUGGAGGCACAUUCACUUACAUUGAUGAACAACAAGCAAUAGGUUCUGCAUUUGCGAUGGCUCUAGGUGGUCUAUUCACAUGUGUUGCACAACAAGUUCAUGUCAAUAUCGAACUUACUGGAGACUAUAAGAUCACUCAUGUUCAUUCGAAUUAUAAAUAUGAGCCUGAACAACUACCCUCGCCAAAACUCAAUGUCAAGUUACAUGAUUUAAAUGCUGAAGAAAAGCGAAAUCUUGUUUUUCAAAUACACGUACCUAAAAUGGACAACAAUGAACAAAAUGUAGACAUGACUAGUCAACAAUCUAUGUCAUUGACUCAAUCUUCAGAAGAAGAAAUACAACUAUAUGAAAACCAAACCAUUGGUAGUGUGACUGUUAUCUACAUGGAUCCGAAUACUGGUCGCACAAUAACAACAAAUCCAGUUUCUUUCAAUUUAGUACGAGAUUCUCAUCCUCGAAAUGAUCUUCUUCAUGUCAAUCAUGCACUUGACAUUCAACGAAAUCGAGUAGAAACAGCACAUGCACUCGAACGAGCAAUGGCUGAGGAUAACUAUCGGCAAUCACGUACUAUUCUAAAAGCUCAAGUAGAUAAGAUCAAGGCCAGUGUAUCUGCACAAGAUCCAUUCUGUCAAAAGCUAAUUAAAGAUCUUGAAUAUCACUAUCCAACAGAACGUGAUUAUCGAUCAUCACAACAUAAUACUUAUAUGUGUCACAGAACGGAACGUGGUACAUACAUGCCAAUAUCCAAUACUAGCACACUACAAUACGUUAAUAGCUACCAAAGGCAAAUGGCUUCUGAUUUCGAAAAUAAAAACAGUUCAUAA